AUGAAUUCACAUAUUUAUCUGACAACACAUUAAAUACAUGAGAUGUUUGUAGAUUCCACAUAAACAUUAGGUUCACCUUCAUUUGUUCAACCAAAUUCUCCUCAUUCAAAGGAAGUAUAUGAUUUUUAAAGUAAUAAUUUAGAAAAGAUAUUUCUUUCAUGAAGAAAUUAUAAGUCCUUCAAAGAAAGAUGAAAAAUCAACUGAAAAUUAUUCUAACAGAAAAAUCAGUCAUGAUUCUAUUUUUGAUUCUAAAGUAGAAUUGAAAUUAAGUAAUUAUUACAUUUUCACAAAUUAUAGCAAAUAAUGAAUUAUGUCUUAAGAAUUUAUUAGAACAAUAAAAUAAGAAUAGAGAUAGAGAAACAAUCAUAAAAUUGUAAUAAGAACUCUUACAAUAAUCUUAAAUGAUUUUAAGUCUACAAAGUAAAUUUUGACAUCAUUUAGAUCAAAUAUAAAUUUUGAAAGAAUAAAACAAGAAACAUCAAACAAAUAUUACAUAAUUAUUCAGUUAAAUUAAAAAAUUGGAAUAAGAAAAUUAAUCAUUUUAAGAUUAACUUCUAAAAUAUAGAUUGAGUUUCUAAGAUUAAAUUAAAUAACAAUAAUAAAUAAAAAUAGAUAUGGAAAAUAUAAAAAUCAAACUAUUAAAUAAGGAUUAAAUAAUUGAAUCUUUGAAUUAGCAAUUAUUAUCCUUUAGUCAAGAUUUAAAUAAAAAUAAAGUUACUAGAAGUCCUAAUAGAGUAGUAGAGUAAAUAUUGAAUCACCAUCAUCCUUCAAUUUCAUAUAUCAAUUAUAGAAUAACAUAAUAAUAAAGAUCACAUUCUAAUAAUAUAAAGAAUUUUUGA